UUGCUGGUCGAAUUCUUGGUCGCCUCUGUUCUUGAUCUCCGAAAGCUUCAGGAAGCUUACACGCUUCCAGCCUCCAGGGCAUUGCUUCACCACAUCAAGCCCAUCUACUCAUCUGCAUACAGUUGAUUAUUCGUGAUUGCACGCAUCAAAAUGGCAAAAUUCCUGUUAUUAGACGAGAUUUCUACGCUACUGAUCGAUCCAGCUUUUUUGCUUUCCCACAGUUUUCUGUAUAUUUUUUUAACUUGCUGCAACAUUUUGUGCAGCAGCAGCAGAAGCAGCAGUUCUGCUGCUGGCACCGGAGCAAGAGAUGGAGAGGAACUCGUCGAGCUUUUACGAGGACAAGGAGACAGGAGCAGCGGAACCCUUGAUCAGGAGGCGCGCCGUCACCAACACCACCUCUCAGAGCGCCAUCGUCGGCGCCAACAUCUGCCCCAUCGAGAGCUUGGACUACGAGAUCGUGGAGAAUGAUUUAUUGAAAGAGGAUUGGAGAUCUCGAAACAAGGUUCAGAUUUUCCAGUACGUAGUGCUCAAGUGGGCACUGGCGCUCCUUAUAGGCUUGGCUACUGGAUUAGUCGGAUUCUUCAACAACCUCGCCGUCGAGAACAUUGCUGGAUUCAAGUUGUUACUCACGAGCAACUUCAUGCUCAAGCAUAGGUAUCAUGAAGCAUUUGUCGUCUACGCUGGCUGCAACUUAAUUCUGGCAGCAGCGACUGCUGCUCUAUGUGCUUAUGUUGCUCCGGCAGCAGCUGGGUCCGGCAUACCUGAGGUGAAAGCUUACCUAAAUGGGGUCGAUGCUCACUCCAUCUUGGCUCCCAGCACACUGUUUGUAAAGAUCUUUGGUUCCAUAGGGGGAGUUGCUGCUGGACUCAUGGUGGGUAAGGAGGGCCCUAUGGUUCACACAGGGUCAUGCAUAGCUUCCUUCCUCGGUCAGGGUGGAUCGCGCAGGUAUCACUUGACUUGGAAAUGGCUUAGAUAUUUCAAGAACGACCGAGAUCGUAGAGAUUUGAUAACUUGUGGAGCUGCUGCCGGUGUAGCAGCUGCCUUUAGAGCCCCCGUGGGUGGGGUUCUUUUUGCACUCGAAGAAGUCGCAUCAUGGUGGCGAAGUGCUCUCCUCUGGAGGACAUUUUUCACGACGGCCGUAGUUGCUGUCGUAUUGAGGGGUCUGAUAGGUUUCUGCCGCAGUGGAAGGUGCGGGCUGUUUGGACAAGGAGGACUGAUAAUGUUCGACCUGAGCGCCACUGUCGCUACCUACGGAACGCCGGAUCUGGUCGCGGUGGUAGUCAUCGGAGCCAUAGGUGGACUUUUGGGAAGCUUCUACAACUUCUCCGUCGACAAGAUACUUCGCAACUACAGCGUCAUCAAUGAAAGAGGAGCUCCAUUCAAGAUCCUCCUCACAGUUACGAUCUCGCUCUUGACCUCCUGCUGCUCGUAUGGACUUCCAUGGCUGGCCAAAUGCACCCCGUGCCCUCCAGGUUCUCAGUGCCCGACCAUCGGCCGGUCGGGCAACUUCAAGAGCUUCCAAUGUCCGCCGAACCAUUACAACGACCUCGCUUCCCUCUUUCUCAACACCAAUGACGAUGCCAUACGCAAUCUUUUCAGCGGUGGCACUGAGGAUGAGUUCUACAUUUCUUCUCUUCUCAUCUUCUUCGCUGCGAGUUUUUCCCUCGGCAUCGUCACCUAUGGCAUCGCCAUCCCUUCUGGCCUUUUCAUCCCCGUCAUAAUGGCUGGGGCUUCGUACGGUCGCCUUUUGGGGACCCUUCUCGGCCCUCUGUCUAAAUUGGAUAAAGGCCUGUUUUCGCUCCUCGGCGCGGCUUCUUUUCUCGGCGGAACCAUGAGAAUGACAGUCUCAGUUUGCGUUAUCCUCCUGGAGCUCACCAACGAUCUUCUAAUGCUCCCCCUGGUGAUGCUCGUUCUCCUCGUAUCCAAAACCGUCGCGGAUUGCUUCAACAAGGGAAUAUACGAUCAAAUUGUGAAGAUGAAGGGCUUCCCCUACCUGGAAUGCCACCCCGCACCUUACAUGCGAAACUUGGACGCCGGCGACGCGGUCUCAGGCCCGCUCAUUACCCUUGCCGGGGUCGAGAAGGUGGCAAACAUAGUUUACACUUUGAAAUUGACUGGCCAUAAUGGAUUUCCAGUAAUCGACGAGCCGCCUUUUUCGGAAGAACCAGGACUGUGUGGUCUCGUAUUGCGGUCUCAUCUGCUCGUAUUGCUCAAAGGGAAGCAAUUCACGAAGGAAAGGGUGUCCACUGGCGCAGGACAUGUUUUGCAGAGAUUUGGCGCGUUUGAUUUCGCCAAAGCAGGGUCUGGUAAGGGUGUGCAGUUGGAGGACCUUGACAUCGACGACGAAGAAAUGGAAAUGUUUGUGGAUCUCCAUCCCAUUACCAAUAGAUCACCUUACACAGUGGUAGAGAGUAUGCCCCUAUCCAAGGCUGCAGUUCUAUUCAGAGACCUUGGCCUCCGGCACCUGUGCGUCGUGCCCAAGACUCCGGGGAGGCAUCCCAUCGUAGGGAUUCUAACGCGGCAUGACUUCAUGCCGGAGCACAUCCUCGGGCUGUUUCCUCAUCUCAAACAUCGCCGUCCUCAUAUGAGCGUUUGAUCGUUGUCGUUGUUGUUUUCAUACUGGGAAUAUUUGUGGUUGCAUCUGGGCGUGCGAUAUGUUAAAGCCCCUUGUUUUAAGAACAA